AAUUGAGAAAUGACCCAACUACUCCCGGAAGAGAGAAGAAGCGCGAAACGAACGAAGACCUAUGACGGAGCGGAAUGGAGAGGGAUUGCCAACGCGGUUUCCUUCGAACGCGACCGGCGUCACGUUGUAGACGCCGGGCACUCGUGCAGCCGUGCUCCUCGUCAGUUGAUACGGUUCCAGCAUUUUACAGUCAGCUGGUCAGACAGUCGGUGAUCGCGGAGUACCGUGGUAGGCUCGUCUCGCCAAUCCGAUCCUCGCCGAUUUCAACGCCGGCUAUUUCUGUGUAAUUGACACGCGAGUGAAUUUGAUUCAUCCAUUACGAUUACUAUAUUGCGAUAAUUCGUAUACGUAUCCUUUAUUUUUCACACAUCAUGACCAACUAAACUCUAUCCUAUUUCACUGGAGAUUCUGUCAUCCGAACACAAAUGACCGGAGGCGGGACUAACAUGGCGUACCACGGCCUCAGUCAACAUGUCAACUUUGAUGUUAUACCGGAUCCGGGCGAGCGUUUUCGAUUGGAAGAAUUGAUUGGCGAGGGUACGUACGGCGAAGUGUACGCUGCUUACGACAAAGAGACCGGCAACAAGGUGGCCGUCAAAAUACUGGAGAAUGUCGCCGACAACAUCGAAGAGAUCGAAGAGGAAUAUCUGGUGUUGAGAGAUUUAAGUCAACAUCCGAAUAUUCCCCUCUUUCACGGUUUAUUUCUAAAGCGCGCGAAGCCCGGUCAGGAAGAGGACCAAUUAUGGUUCGUGAUGGAGUUGUGCACCGGAGGCUCCGUGACCGAUCUCGUGCAGGGUCUCAAAAAACGCGGCAGUCGCCUAACGGAUGAUCAAAUAGCUUAUAUCUUGAAGGAGACCAUCGAAGCUCUGAUCUUUCUGCACAGUAAUCACUGUAUGCAUCGCGACGUGAAAGGUCAUAACAUCCUGCUUACGGAAGCAGCGCGCGUCAAAUUGGUCGAUUUCGGCGUAUCCUCGCAUCUGGUCGCGACUCUCGCCAGGAAAAACACAUCUGUCGGAACACCAUAUUGGAUGGCACCGGAGGUGAUAGCUUGCGAGCAACAAUUGGACUCGUCCUAUGAUUCCCGCUGCGACGUCUGGUCAAUCGGCAUCACCGCGAUCGAGCUAGCAGAGGGCGAUCCUCCCCUGUCGGAAUUACAUCCCAUGCGAGCGCUCUUUCAAAUUCCGCGAAAUCCUCCUCCGUCUUUGAAGAAUCCGGACGUGUAUUCGUCGGAAUUGACGGAUUUCAUAGCCGAGUGCUUGGUGAAGGAUCUGGAGCACCGGCCGUUCGCCAGCGAAUUGAGAGAGCAUCCGUUAUUAAUGAACGUGGAGCCGAUCGUGGGGAAAAUUAGGGAGCAACUGAGAGAGGAGAUUCGCAGACAGAGGGCAGAAGGUCGUAUUCAUCGGCAGCCGGAGGUAACCACGAAACAUGGCAAAUUGAAGACGGACCGCAAGACGAGACCGGAGAAAAUGUACAUGGACGAUUUAGCGGCGCUCGACAUGUUAUCGGAAGAGGCCAUUGUCGAUCAAUUGCAGCACCGAUAUGAGCAAGCGCAGAUAUACACGUAUAUCGGUGAUAUAUUGGUUGCUGUUAAUCCUUUCACUAAUCUUGGCUUAUAUACCGGAAUCGAACAAAAACGAUACAAGGGUCAAGCGAGAUCGGAUAAUCCUCCGCAUAUAUUCGCGGUCGCUGACGCCGCGUAUCAAGCUUUACUUCAUCAACGUCAAAACCAGGCGAUCGUCAUCAGUGGCGAAUCGGGUGCUGGGAAGACGGAAAGCGCAAAUUUAUUAUUGAAACAGCUCGUCUAUCUCAGCAAGGCGCCGAAUCGCAAUCUCGAGGAGAGGAUACUUCAGAUAAAUUCUAUAAUGGAAGCUUUUGGAAACGCCACGACCGGCAUUAACGCGAAUUCGUCGAGAUUCGGAAAGUAUCUGGAUCUAACGAUGACGAAAGGCGGAAAGGUGACUGGUGCGCGAAUCUCGGUAUAUCUAUUGGAACAAUCGCGAGUGAUCGCUCAAGCAGAGGGUGAGCGAAAUUUUCACAUUUUCUAUUAUAUGUACGAUGGUCUCGAGGCGGACAAUCGUCUCUCGGAGUAUCACCUCGAUCCUACGCUCCGGAAGUAUCAUAGAUAUCUCACACACUACAGUCAGACAUCACAGACGCACAUCGACAAGUUCCAACAGCUCAAAAUGGGUUUCAAGGUACUCGGAUUUCAGGAUAGCGAGAUAGACACGGUGUAUCGAGUUUUAGCCGCUAUCCUCCAUCUGGGUGACAUCGAAUUCGCCGAGGUGGCAACGCAAGACAACACCGACAAUAAAAGCAGAGUGAUCGACACUAUUCCGUUAAAUAGAGUUUCGAAACUACUCGGCGUCGAACAGAACGAUCUCCUGGAGGCCCUGACAUCAAACUCGGUGAUGACGAGAGGCGAGACAAUUACGCGGAACAAUACGGUAGCCGAGGCUCGUGCGGCUCGCGAUGCGAUGGCCAAGGGCCUCUAUGGCCGACUCUUCGAUUGGAUGGUCAAUCAGAUCAAUUGUUUACUGUGCUUCAGCCGCUCGCCAAAUUACGAACCGUUGGCAAUCGGACUGCUCGACAUCUUCGGCUUCGAGAACUUUCCUAGAAACUCAUUCGAGCAACUCUGCAUCAACAUAGCUAACGAGCAGAUACAGUACUACUUCAAUCAGCACAUCUUUACCUGGGAGCAACAGGAGUACAUGGCCGAGGGAAUACCCGUGGAUCUCGUCGAAUUUUCCGACAACAGGCCGGUUCUCGACAUGUUACUCAGCAAGCCCAUGGGACUUUUGGCGCUGCUCGAUGAAGAGAGCCGAUUUCCCAGAGCGACUGAUCGAUCUCUGAUCGAGAAAUUCCACAACAAUAUUAAAUCAAAAUUCUACGUGAGACCUAAAUCGGAUGCGGUCUGUUUCGCGAUACAUCAUUUCGCUGGUCGUGUGGUCUAUCAAGCCGAAGGAUUUCUCGAGAAGAAUAGGAACUUCCUGCCGCCCGAAGUCAUUCAGCUAGUACGACAGUCGCAAUACGACAUGGUUCGUUUCCUGUUCCAGUGCCCGAUCACGAAAACCGGUAACUUGUAUUCAGCAUUGCAGGAGAAUGACUCGAGAAAAUCGCUGUCAAAUCAGAGUACAAAGGAACGUUAUUCUAGUCGAGGUUUGGCAUCACAAUCGAGAGCUCAGCAGACAGUAGCGACAUAUUUCCGAUACUCCCUGAUGGAUCUAUUACAAAAGAUGGUGUCCGGUUCGCCUCAGUUCGUUCGAUGUAUAAAACCAAACGAUUCGAGAAGUCCACGCUUCUUUGACAAGGACAAAGUUGUCAAGCAGUUAAGAUACACUGGUGUCCUCGAAACGAUACGUAUAAGACAAAAUGGAUUUUCUCACAGAAUACCAUUCAACGAGUUUCUUAAGAGAUAUUGCUUCCUUGCUUUCGGCUACGAGGAACGCGUAAUUGCCAAUCGGGACAAUUGUCGUCUUCUUCUGUUACGAUUAAAAAUGGACGGAUGGGCGUUAGGCAAGACAAAAGUCUUCCUGAAAUACUAUCACGUCGAAUUUCUCUCGAAGCUGUACGAAGAACAACUGAGGAAAAUUAUUAUAGUCCAAGCGUGCGUUCGACGAUGGCUCGCAAAAAUGAAAUUUAAAAAGCAAAAAUGGCAAUAUGCUGUCUCAGUGAUCACGUUACAGCGUCAUAUUCGAGGAUGGUUAUCUCGAAAACACACGGGAGAAAUGUUGGCUCAAAAACGCGCGAAAGAAGAAAACGAAACACUCGAUUUUAUGCUACAUGAGAUGAAACGUAGAGCGCAAGAAAAUACGAAUAUAAAUAAUCGCGAGAAAUAUUGGCAAGUACGUAAAAAUUUAGAAAAGAACGAUGCCGCGACCGUCAUACAAAGCCAUUUCCGAGGUUAUACCAUCCGCAAACGCUUUGGAUACGAUCUGGAAGAACGUUUCAAGAGAAUUUUGAACAAUUACGAUAAUAUAUACGAUGGUCACAAAGCGCUGUUACGCGAAGGACUGAAGCACGAGGACGCAGCUCUUAUCGUUCAAAGAUGGUACAAAAAAGAAGAGAAACUAGUCAGAAGGAAACCACCUACAAAGGAUCCCAUACAUCCCAAGCUACGACAAGCAGAUCUGAUUCAAUUCUCUCAGAAUGUGCACAUGAAGAAUCAAGAGGUACAUAAAAAUUUGCGUCGCAACAAGCCUGGUAUCAGAUUGAACGAUAUCGAGGAGCCACCGCUCGAUUAUGUUCGUCCUGAAGGAUUUAAUAUGGUGCGAUCGAUAUUACAAUAUCGUAACGAAACGCAGCCGUACGAGGAAGACAGUGUCAAGUAUUAUCGGGAUCUCAAGGAGGAGAUGAGCAGUGGUUCGGAAUUCGAAGACGACGAAGUUGGCUGGGACUUGCCGUUGAUACGGCUAGAGAAUGACCUUCAUUCAUCGUCGAGGAAUCGGAGCAGUCACAUUCUGGAAGUAAGUGCCGAGAGGAGGGAUCGUACAGCUUCGCGCAAUUUUGCAGUAGCACCAGAGCAGCAUCUGUCAAACAUUUGGCACAAAGCCCUGAGACAUACAUCCAAUCUGCGCGAAAACGAGAAUCCCAAGAAAAAUGUCAGUACAAGGGCUAAUGAGGUGCAUAGCAAAAACCUGCAAUCAUACGCAAAUGGACAACGUGCAACCAGUUCUCCGUAUAUCCACAAUCCAUCUGGCUUACGACUCACGAUCGACAAUCAAUAUAACGCCAUAAACGAACGCCAAAAUGGACAGAAUCUCGUUAACGGUCAACAUAUCAAUGAGUAUCACACAUCGGUCAAUGGCAUAUUGAACAACAAUUAUCAGAUUAUUUGUAAAAUAAAUAACGACGUUGUAAAAGACGAAAUAAAAAUUUUGAAUACCGAACAAUCCGGAUUAACUAAUAGUUUGAUAAAUAACAAGUCAGAAAAAACGCCAGAUCGAUCGAGUUAUAAACAAACAAAUAAACAAAUCGAUUAUCCGGUGAAAAAUCAUCAGAAUAACGUGAACCAUAAGAAUGGUAUCAACCGAUUAGCGAAUGGAAAAAUGAUUGAUCAGGAAGAGCUUCAGAAAGAUACGUUCAAUAUCGCGGCCAAUCUCAGGCAACUUUUGAGACCGACUAUGAUCGAGAAACGACAAGAGAGUGCCAAAAACGAAUACGACACGGAAGACAUUAACGGUCCUUAUAAUUUUAGGCAAUUGCUAAGACCGACCGGAUAUCUCCCGACGGAAUCUCUAAGAAAAAGGAAAGGAGGAAUAGUUUCCAAUGGAAUGCCACUAUCGAAGGAAAAGAUUCCGGAGAAACACAUUAAGAGAAGAGCGCCACUGGCACCAACCCAAAACAAGUUCGCAAAUGCAAAAAAAUGAUGUUACUUUGUUCAACAGAAAUUCCAAAAGACUUGACUUAACGAAGAGUGCUUUACUUUUAUGGACAGUGAUACGAGAGAUAUAAAAACCACAUAAUUAUGACUGUUGUAAAAUAUU